CUACAACAAACAUCAACACAAACACAAACAUCCAAACACCGAAUUAUUUACAUUCUUGUACCUGACAGUCGCAUCGCAACUCCUUCAAACCUUACCAACUCGUUCUCUCACUCAGUUCACAAACCUCAUCAAGGCCCUGAUUUACCUGACGGACUUUUGCGCCAGGCCGCGUCUUAUCCUAGUCGCAGUCGCACCACACUCCAACCACCCGCUCAUACAGAUCAUUUCAACAAAACAACAACAUCAAACUUGGACAAUAUACAAUCUCAAAACCGCAAAUAUGCUUCUUCCGUCUGCGCUACCUUGCGAUGCGUCGCACUCAUCUCACUCCCGACUUCAACAAUCUCUCUUCUCUCCUCCUGCCAGCCCUCCGGCUCCUUCGCACGGCUCUUUCGCCAACCUCAUGACUACCUGCCGCUCCCUCCAAUCGCUCCUAUCAAUGCCCGCGCCCAUUGUUAUCGACUCUCGUCCUGCUCACUACAACAACGCUCAACUACCAACUCCACCACUUGCUCACGCAGCUCCUCCUCUGAAGUUGCGCCUGCGACCGCGCCCUCAACGUCGUGAGCCAGUCAGACCCAAGAAAGUUACCAAGCGCGCCGCACCACGCGCUGCCAACAAAAAACGCCGCGUUGUCGACGAUGAUAUGGACCGCUACUCAUCAGCAAGCGACUCCGGCAGCGAAUCACCGUCGCAUUGCUCAAUGGAGCAUAGAGAACCUGCAACACCUAAGCGUACGCGCAUCGCUCCCGAGCAGAUGCCUCUUGGUCUUGAGCGUUCCGACUUUCAUAACAUGCACCUUCGACAAGGUGGUCACCUUCUCAACGAAGAGGACUCUGACGACGAGGACUGGAAUGCUGAGGACGAUCGCGUCCUCAUUGAAAUUGUACUGGAGAAGCUCAGGCUCUCAAAGGCAGAAUGGCAAGAUUGCGCCCGGAAUCUCGGCCGCGAUCGUCAUGCUGUCGAUCGUCGCUGGAAGACACUAUUGCUCAAUGGCGACGUCGGUCUCAAGUCACGACCAGGCCGCUAGGCAAACUCCACACAACUUGCAAGCAUCUUCUUACAUACAUGAUUCAUACAUUUGAUAUUUAGCGAAAGCCUCAGCCGACCGUCAUCGGUAGCGAGCAUAUAUAUAAACUGGCGGGACUACAGAACAUGGGGCAAUGGGUUGCCAUUGGUGUUUGGGUAUUGAUUCUCAUUUUGUAAUGAUAUCCACACGCGCAAAAAGCGUGCGUAUAAGUUUUAUAUUUGCUAUUUCUGUGUUUAUAGAACUGGAAUUGGCUACCAUAGAUGUCAACAAUUUACAGACAGUGAACAUAACUGUGUCACCUUCAACUG